GGCUCCCCGUACCCGAAAACCACCAGCAAAUGGUUUAGUUUUGGUGGGUAUUCCCAAACUUCAGCUCCUUCCCUAGUAUUCGACUUUCCAUCACUCUCUCCCUCUAUAUAAAAAGAGGCUCCUCCAUAUGGUUUGCUACAUCAAGCACGUAUCCUUCUUGGUUCAGUUUUAUUUGCUACACGAAGUUUGCAUUUCCUUUUUCUCUAAUUUCAAGGGCAAAGAACAGUCUUUCGAAGAGUAGAAGAUGAGUUCGACCAGCAGAGCAAUUGUAGCAGCCAGCGUAGGAGUUGUGGAGGCCAUGAAAGAUCAGAUGGGUAUCUGCAGAUGGAAUUAUAUUAUAAGAUCCGCUCAACAAAAUACAAAGAACCAUCUCCGGUCCAUGUCUCAGGCCAAGAGCCUCUCCUCCUCAACUUCUGCAGUGGUUUCAAGCAAAGUAAGAAACCAGGAGAAAAUGAAGAGGUCAGAAGAGUCUUUGAGGACAGUCAUGUACUUGAGCUGUUGGGGUCCCAAUUGAGGCUUUGAUCAGUGAGUUCUCUGAGAACGUCAUUGCGGGAAGGCAGGCGAGCGAGCUAACAUCCACCUACAUGUGUGAAUUUGAUUUCGCUAGGUCACCCUCACAAGACAGGCGAGCGAGCUGACAUCUGCCCCUACAUGAAUUGCUUUACAACUUCUUCUUCAAGUCUUUGGCCGAGGCGGUGAAAAUUAAGCUACACGAUAUAUAAAAGUUUUAGGGACGAUUUUGGAGAACAGAUGGAGUGGCAGAA